GUUCUCAUGUAUAUAUACGUAUUGUUAAGUUAGAUAAGAUAUUGAGCUACGUUGUACAGCAUAACCAUGUUGGACUUUGCUACUGCAGUGGUCCUCCUGGCUGUUUCCUUCGCGGCUUUGCAGACAGAAGGACAACUCGACCCGAGGGCACCUCCCUUCUUUAAUAUGAAAAUGGGACCAUGCAAGAUGGGAUGUGCUCCAAUAACACCACUUGGGCCACCACCACCUCCCCCUCCGCCUCCAUUUAUACUGCCACUUCCUGUUUCACUUCCACCUUCAAAGCUACCUUCUGUUCCUCAGCCACCUCCACUUUCCCAGCUACCUCCUGUUCCUCAACCACCUCCACUUUCACAGCUACCUCCUGUUCCUCAGCCACCUCCACAUGAAGGCCACAUCCUCACACCCGACCCAUAUCAUCCUCCACCAGCCAGGCCAGAAGCAUACAAGUCUUACCCACAUUGCGACAACAAUGGAGAAUGUCGAGGGGGCAUAGAAAAUACAAAUUUGAACAAAGUGGAUGUCAGUCCAGUUAUCUC